AUGAGCGGCACGAUCAACCCUAACGACACACUGGCUUGCACCUAUGCUUGCCUUCUUCUGAGCGACGCUGGUGUCCCCGUUACCUCUGAGAACAUUGAAGCCGCAUGCAAGGCAGCUGGUAUGUCAGUGCGCAACACACUGCCCAUUCUCUUUGCCCGCUUCCUUGAGAAGAAGCCGAUGGAGACUCUUCUGACCGCUGCCCUGUCGGCGGCUCCUCAGCCCGGUGCUGCGGCUGCUGCGGCCCCUGCUGCUGCUGCUGGUGGUGCUGCUGCGGCUGCUCCCGCUGCUGCCAAGAAGGCCGAGAAGGAAGAGGAAGAGGAUGACGAUAUGGGCUUUGGUCUCUUCGACUAA